GCCAUAAGUGUCCGCACUACAGUGUUAAAGACUUCCAUUAUAAACCAAACGGAGUUCCAACCCAAGCUGUUUGCCUCACACACCAUUUCUGAGGCGAAAACAGAUGAAGUAUUCACUAAUCUUCUCAUACAACGUGGAAGAAAAGCAAUCAUCGGGAAUGGCAGGACAAAUACAAGGAGGGAAGCCCUUGAGUAUUACCAAAAAGUCAGCGGUACUCCAGUUAAGCACUGCGAUGAAAUAUUUUUUGGCACAAGUGAUGAUAAGAAGAAUCCUAGUUCUAUUUUUGUCGUCGGAAAAGCAGGGAUUGGGAAAUCGCUGUUUUGCCAAAAGGUUAUUCGCGAUUGGGCCAAGAACCAGCUAUUUGAAACAUGUGAAAGCACGCAAAUCCCCAAUUUCAAAUUGGUGUAUUUGGUUACUUUCCGUGAUUUGAAUGGGCUUGAAAAUACUUGUGUGACUUUAAGAGAAUUCUUAGACCAUUCCUCGGUCCUAAGCGGCAUUUGCAUGGAUGACGUUUCAUUUGAGUACAUUGUAAACCAUCCUGAAGAAGUUUUGAUUAUCCUUGACGGCUAUGAUGAGUAUUCACAGAAAGAUUACCUCGCUGGAAACUUGGAAAAAGAAUAUCUGAAUGAUGCAAGAUAUAAAAUGCCGGCGGCCGCAUUCUGUUCAAAGCUAAUCAGGGGAAAGAUACUGAAAGGUUCGGUCGUUGUUGUAACCAUGCGGCCUGAGGAAAUGAACAAGUUGGGAGGAAUCCGUUUUGAACAGUUAGUGGAAAUUGCAGGAUUUUCGUCGGAACAGGUUAAAGAGUACAUCGAAAAGUACUUCAAGGAAAACGAAAAGGUGAAGAACGCAGUACUUGAACAUGUCAUGAAGAAUGAGAACCUAGUCAGUUUUGCUCAUAUUCCUAUGCUCUGUUACCUGUUGUGCUUUGAAAUGGAGUAUAUUCUAAACAAAACAGAAAAUCCUGAUGACCUUCCUAUCUCAAUGACCGACAUUUACACAAAACUUAUUGAUAUUUUUGUACUUAAGCACUGCGCCGACUCAGAAUACAGACAGAAUGAAAUGCCUGAAAAAUUCGAGCCUCUUCCUGUCAUCAAGAACACAUUAGAGAAAUUAUCAGAACUAGCGGCUAAACUGCUGCUUGAAAGUAAGCCAUCUUUUGAUGAAAGCGAGAUAGAAGGCGGUUUUGAAUUGCAAGAAGUCAACAAAGUCAUAGGAAGCGGUCUUCUUUACUGUGUUAAGACUUUCAGGACUGGUUCGACUGAAACCACGAAACAUUUCAGCUUCAUACAUCUCACUGUUCAAGAAUACUUGGCCGCACGUUGGUUUGUGAAGGAAAAUCGCAUUCCAGAUAAAAAAUGCUCUGCAGUGGUUUUCCAGUUUAUGGCUGGUAUUCUGUCACGUGAGCGAAACGGGGAACUGAUGGAAGAGUUGUUAACUAGUGGUCAAGGUUUAGAGGGUAAUACUGAAUUACUCAGAGCAAAGUGUCUUAGUGAGUAUAAAGACGAAGAAUUCGCCCAACAGUUCAUCAGGAAUCAUUCCAAAGCGAUUUGUAAUUCACACGGCGAAAUUUUUUUGGAUGAUUUAUCAAAUGUAGACUGCAUUGCAGUAUCAUUUGUGUUGGACAUUAUCAGUGAACUUAACAAAGAGGAAGCGGGAAAGGCACAACACAAAUGUUCUGACAAGUUCAUCGCAGUGAAGACGUUGCGGCUUUUUUUAUCACGGCUGACACUGUCUGGAAUACAACGAGUCUGUAAUUCAUUGAUCAAUGAACACUGUCUGGUAUCUGAAUUGAAUUUAUUAGGUUGUAACUUAGCUGAUGAAUGUGUUGAUGUUAUGGAAGGAUUAGUACUAAGUAAGCUAACCACACUAGAUCUGUCGGGUAAUAAUAUCACUGAAACCGGUGUUGCCAGUCUAUGUGAAGCUUUACAGCAUCAAAGCUGUAAGCUAACCACACUAGGUCUGGGGAGUAAUGAGAUCACUGAUACCGGUGUUGCCAGUCUAUGUGAAGCUUUACAGCAUCCAAGCUGUAAGCUAACCACA